AUGCGUCCUACGCUCUAUCCUGCAGCAGAAGAGUUGAUUCGAAAUAAAAAGCAACAAAAAUUAGACGAGCAAGAACAAGGUCUCCAAGAAAAAAGCUUUACUUCUACUAAAAGAAAAAGACACAAGCACAAUAAUACUCUUGGUGAGUUGAGAGCAAAGAAAGCUGCUUAUGUUCUCGUUGUUUGCAACUCAUGUGGAGCUCAAGGUCAUUCAACUAAAAGAAGUCCUAUAUGCCCAAACCAUGACAUGACUUUGCUACAGUUGUUAAAUAGGGAUCUUGGCCCUCAUCAACGAUAUACCUUGUCCAUUACUCUCGAUUCCUUUAUCUCCAAUAAUGAUCAUAUACAACGUGCUCGAGGCAGAAUUAUCUUGCAAUCGUCUUUCUUGCGCGAGGUGUUGCCACACCAUUACCCUAGACUACAACAUCUUCAGGCAUUAUAUACAGAGCCGAUGCAAACUAACGGAGUUAAUCUUACUGUCAGCUUGAAUGGCCUUAAAAAUUAUGGUGCGGUAGUAUCUUCUGCAUGCAUGACUAUUGCGACUACAUACAACAACUGUUAUUAUCUUUCCAUAAUGGCAAUAAAGAACAUCGUAUAUGAACAUUUACUGGACAAUCUACUGAUUAAACUGCCAGCUCCAUUUCAAAUCCCAGAUCAAAUAUUGCCAGACGGCUAUUAUACUUUCUCGACUUUCUGCCUUUCUAAAUGA